GGAAUAUUUGACAAAAAGUUGACAACCGACAAAAAGAUUAAGGAACGGCUGUUAAUUUUUUAUUCUUGUAAACCUUGCCAUUAUAGAAGCCAAAAGCUGAUGAAGUAACAUUCAUCUGCUAUGUCCUAAUUUUUUUUUUGCAUUCAUCUGUUUUCAAAUGAAGUGAUUAAUUAAUAUCGAUGUUAAGGACGGUGGUUCUCAAAAAGAGGACUUUAACAUGGGAGCUCGAGCUUCUGACAUAGACACUUCGGCAAAAUUUCGUAUACACAUGUUUUUGGCAGCAAUCCAAUGCUAAGAAUGGGUUUUUCUUAUUAGUGAAGGAAGUGAAAGUCAGAGAUUGAAUCGAAAAUGUCUGUGAAGAGCAGGGCAGGAGAGCACGUUUCAACAAGUUUUAUUUCUAAAAAAUGGACGCUAUAUCUCUGUUUAGGUAGCUUCUGUGCUGGAAUGUUCUUCGCUAAUAGGAUGUGGACCAUUCCUGAGUUUCAAGAGAUCACUACAACUACUGGUGAAGAUGAGCGCCUAAUGUUAGUCUCUGAUGGCUGCAAUACAGAAUAUCCAAAGGGUGUGAAGUUGUUAUCUAAAGAUAUCUUUGGAGAAGUUUCUAAAACACAUCAUGCUAUUAAGACAUUAGACAAAACCAUAUCGAAUUUGGAGAUGGAGUUGGCUGCUGCAAAGGCCGCUCAGGAUUCCUUUCUUAGUGGUUCUCCGUUAUCAGGAGACAACAAGAAGAAUGAUUCAUCCAGGAGGAGGAAAUAUUUUAUGGUUAUUGGAAUAAAUACUGCUUUCAGUAGCAGACAAAGAAGAGAUUCCAUUCGGGCUACAUGGAUGCCACAAGGUGAAAAGAGGAAGAAGUUGGAAGAUGAGAAAGGAAUAAUCAUUCGGUUCGUCAUUGGUCAUGGUGCAACAUUAGGGGGUAUACUUGAUAAAGCUAUUGAAGCUGAAGACGAGAAAUAUGGAGAUAUCUUGCGACUGGAUCAUGUUGAGGGAUAUCUUGAGCUGUCUGCUAAGACAAAGACUUACUUUGCCACUGCUGUUAAGAUAUGGAAUGCAGACUAUUACUUCAAAGUUGACGAUGAUGUUCACGUAAAUAUAGGAACACUAGGUGAAAUAUUAGUGAGACACCGCAAAAAACCGCUUGUGUACAUUGGGUGCAUGAAGUCUGGUCCUGUCCUUUCACAGAGGGGAGUAAGAUACCACGAACCAGAACAUUGGAAAUUCGGGGACAGUGGAAACAAGUAUUUUCGUCACGCUACAGGGCAAAUAUACGGAAUAUCAAAAGACUUGGCUACAUAUAUUUCACUUCACCAGCAUGUACUGCACAAGUAUGCUAAUGAGGAUGUUUCAUUGGGAUCUUGGUUUAUUGGGCUUGAUGUGCAGCACAUUGAUGAUAGGAGAUUAUGUUGUGGGACUCCGCCUGAUUGUGAGUGGAAGGCCCAAGCAGGGAACAUUUGCGUUGCUUCAUUUGAUUGGACCUGCAGCGGGAUAUGCAAUUCCAUUGGAAGGAUGAGAGAGGUGCACCAACGUUGUCAUGAGGACGAGAAUGUUUUGUGGAAUGCUGCUGCAUUCUAACUGAAAUACGGCAUAUUGAUACACAGAACUGACAGAAGUGGGACGGGAGUCUUGUAGCAAAGGAAGAGAAAGUAGCUGUACAAAUGCAAUCUUAUAAGUUCAUAUCAUAGUCUUGUUGCUUUAGCAUUCCAAGUUAUUUGUUCUUGCAAAGUAUCUUUGGAAUGAAAAGAAAAUCAUUACAUAUAAAUAUAUAAAAAUAAGACAAUUCACUAUUGGUAGUAGACUUGUAGUAGACUAGAGCUUGUCUUGUGUAAAUCUUCAUAUUGCAGAGGAAAAGACAAUUUUUUUCUAUUCCACCGCACCAUCACUUGAAAUUAAAAAUUAAAAAAAAAAACAAUCCAUUAAUUUUGUUGUA